AUGGAACUUCGUCUUCGCAUAGUUAUGCCGUUAGCUAAGCUAUCCAUGGAACUUCGUCUUCGCAUGUCAUUGGAACUUUGCUUUCACAUAGUCGGUGAAAAUAAAGAGCAUAACGAACCUAUUAAAGAGUAA